AUGGAAAGAGAUAUUGAUGAUGUUAGUAAGUCAGAUGUCUCCUUACCAAGAUAUGUUGAUUUAUUGACACCAUUUGCUUCGAUUGAAUUAAAUAGAGAAGUGCAGCGCCUCAUACAAGAGAAAACAAUAUUAGUUUCCGAGAAUAGGCAGUUAAAAGAGGAACGCGACUUCUUUUAUAGUCUACUAAUGAAAAAAGCUCAAAAUCCAAAAGCAGAACAGAAUAAAUUGAAACUAGAACUUCAAAAACAUUUAAAUUCAGAAAUUACAAUACCUCUACCCGAAUUCCAUGAUAUUGGAAUAGAUGCAUUAAGCUAUACUAAUACACUCAGUUUCCUGAAUUCCGAAAUAAUAUCGAUUUUGCCAGUUGAACACAAACAAGAACCUAAAGAAAUCCCAAACGUUUUAAGCAUACAAAAAGUCAAUUCUUUCGAAUCCAAACCAGAAGAAAAAAUUGAAAGAAAUAUUAUUUUGAGAAUCAGAAAAUGUUCCAAUUUUAGCGUUCCAUUAGAAGACAAAUCAAUGAAGAUUAACACAUUUAAUAUUUACAACUCUAAUAUCAUUCACACACACAAUUACUCAGAUAAAUUCACUCAAUUCGAACCGGCAAAGAAGGAUAAAGGAAUCGACAACAACGGUCAAACAAAUGAUCAUGCUGACAUUGCAACUUCCAAUGUUACAGAUUUUGAACAUUCUUCAACACAAACAGAAAUUUUACCAAAAUAUUCAACUGCUGAAUCCCAGUCAGAGUUACACUUUGUUAAUGAAGCUUCUACACAAUCUCAAAAUGAGAGUAGUUUAUCAAGUUUCCUUAAUACAUCAAAACAGAUUCAAUAUAAAACUCAAAAAGUUCAAGCUACAAAUGCAGAUCGUUGUGACUUCUCAAAGAAAGAAUUUUUAUCUCUUUUAUCAACAUUUGAAAACACAACAUUCAAACACGCAAAAGAAAUGCUUUCUCUCGCUCAAUCCGGUGAUGCCAUUGUUUCAUAUUUUACCAAACUCUGUGGCUCAAGAAUUCAAUCUUUAGAAUUUGAAAAUUCUGAUCUAAUUUGCGAAAUCUGCAGGAUUAGGCAAGAAAGUAGUGGAGCUAUUGCAAAAACAAUUAUAAAAUUGAAGAAGACAUCAAUCAAUGAACUAGAAUUGAAAGAUGUAGUUUCAAGAUGCUUAUAUAACAAUUAA